UUUUCCGCCGAAACGGGCCUCCCGCAUCCACUCCAUCCACUAGUAGCAGAAGCAGACGGCAUCCGGCUACGUGUACAAGAAGUUGCUCGCUAAGUAUGGCUCCAGUUCUUGGAUAUUGGGACAUUCGUGGCCUGGCUCAGCCAAUCAGGCUCCUCCUCGCCCACGUGGACGAAAAGUACGAAGACAAACGUUACUCCUGUGGUCCACCGCCGGACUUUGACCGCAGUGCCUGGCUGAAGGACAAGCCAAACUUGGGACUGGACUUCCCCAAUCUUCCAUACUGGCUGGAUGGAGAUGUUAAGGUCACCCAGAGCACUGCUAUCCUUCGCUACCUUGCAAGGAAGCAUGGCCUUGAGGGCAAGACUGACGCCGAGAAGCUCCGCGUGGACCUUGCGGAGCAGCAGUGGUGUGACUUCCGUAUGACCUUUGUUCGUCUGUGCUACAACCCAGACUUUGACAAACUGAAGGAGGAAUACCUGAGCGCCUUGCCUGCAUCUCUCAAGGCUUUCUCCGACUUCCUGGGCAAGCACAAAUUCUUUGGCGGCGAAAACCUUACCCACGUUGAUUUCAUUGCCUACGAAAUGCUGUCGCAGCAUCUGCUUUUUGCACCAGACUGUUUGAAGGACUUCUCCAACCUGAAGGAUUUCGUGGCUAGAGUUGAGGCCCUUCCCAAGGUUGCCGCAUACAUUAAGAGCGACAAGUUCCUGUCUUGGCCUUGCAACGGUGACAUGGCUAAGUUCGGCAGCAGACUCACGAAGAAGCCAUGAACUGAUAUUGAAUAAAGAUAACGUUUUGUAUGGUUUACUAAA